CGAUGACUCGACGAGGGAUUCGAGGACGUCGAGGACAUCUUCGUGACCGACGCGUACGAUGGUCUCGAAAUGCCACUUCAGACGCCUCUCCCGGCCGCUCCCGUCGGAGUCCCCAGCCUCGCCGCCGCCGGACCUCAGGGACCCGCUACCGCCCGAGUCCCCAGCUCCGCCGACGCUGGGCCUCAGAGUCCCGCCGACGCUGGGCCUCAGAAUCCCGCCGCCGGACCUCAGAGUCCCGCCGCCGCUGCAGCUCCGGGCUCCGCCGCCGCUGCAGCCGCAGCCGCCGUCGCUGGAGCUCCGGGCCCGGCCGCCGCUGCAGCUCCGGGGCCCGCUGCUGCUGCAGCCGCCGCAGCUGCACCUUCAGGACCGGGCUCCGCUACCGCUGCCGCUGCAGCCCCGCGGCCUGCUGCCGCUGCAGCUCCGGGGCCCGCUGCCGCUGCGGCUCGGGGGCCCGCUGCUGCUGCAGCCGCCACAGCUGCUGCUCCGGGGCCCGCUGCAGCCGCAGCCGCCGCAGCUGCAGCCUCGUGGCCCGCCGCCGCUAGAGCUCACAACCUCUCACGGCAUGGUAACCAGCCUCCACCGGCUCCUCCUGCCGUCGACGCUGCCAGCUGGUCACCAGCUGACGCACAGCCGGACCUGGAGGGACGCAGCUCACCCGGCCUGGUGCAGUAGUGGCCGCCGCUCACACGGCGUUUAG